UUGACAGGAACUUCUCCUUGAGAAAGUCGUCAAUUUAUCAAAUUCAACGGAUCGGCUUAUGACUUGCCGUUGAUUUCGGAUGAGUACUUCCCCCCCUUUUGAAAAUAUUCUGUGCCCUAACGGAUCGGAUGUACCUUCUCCACUGUAAGAGAACAUAUUCUUUUUAAAUUCAUUGCGCCACAACAGUGAUUUAUUUGUAAGAUUGAUUGUAUGGAUGCAUUUUUAUCGAUAACGCAUACAUGCACUUAUUUCUCCACCAUUUGUGAUUGCAAACAAACGGGCUCUAAGAAGGUUUCUAUUGUUCCCUAAUAACCAUCAACUUCCCUUAUCAAAAAGCAUUCAGGCUUAUCGUCCCACAUGCGAGUCCAAUACGCAACAAUGAGCAGCAAUCCAGAUCAAACAAUCAGCCCUUCUAAUAGUCAUUCAGUCGUUCCAAUCGGCGGUGCACCUUUUGUACCGCCAUUGAGAACGAUGAUGCAAAUCGAUUCAAAUAAUGGGGAAUAUCCAAGGAGGAGUAGUAUGACAGCUUCUCGAUAUGAAAGGAGGAAUAGAGCAACUCAUUCUCCAACUUCUUCACCUACUAUGCCAACUUCACCUUUAUCCGAUUCAGCUUAUUCUUCUUCUUCUGGUUCUGAUGCAUCUUCAAGUUCAUCUCCAACUUCGAUCAACAAUAAUAAUUGGGAAGCAGCAAUGCGUUAUACAUCUGCUCUGCACGAACAUACUCGUAAGAUGUGGGAACAAGAACGUUUGAGUAUCGAAAGAACAAAAUUAGGAUUACCAAUUGAAAAUUCUUCAUCUUCUCCUACUGGUACGCCUACUAAAUCUAACACAACAAAUUCGUUGCAGAAACGUUCAACUCUAAGCGGAAUGGAUAGCCUAUGGAGAGGUCGUAGAAAGCAUUCAAAAAAUAACAGUAUCUCCGAAUUCAGAUCUUGAUCACACACAAAAGGCCGUUACUAUGAGCGCACUCAUCGGACAGGUCACAAUGGCUGCUCCUUCCUAUAGCAUAUCUUAUCUCGACUCUCAUCAUAUCCCUAUACUGUAUUUUUACAUUACUCAUAGCGCUGGCGUCGCUUAACUCUUUUUAAUUGUACUUCUUUCAUCUCUACUUGUUUGAUAAGGAUAAUUGAAGUCUCUCUU